UUUUGUACAGUGAAAAAACCUUUUGCUUCUUUUAGAGACAAUGCCUUGGUUGCAAACUACACGAUGCUUCAAUUUUUGACAUACGCGGUUGACUUACUAUCACGCAGUUUACGAACUUCUUACUGCUUCCUGAGCUUUAUAGCAUGUUUGACAUAUACGUUUAUUUUAUACUCCUUAUUUUGCUAAAGGCCGCUAUGAAAUAUCAAACAAGAAUGGUUGCUGACGUGGUUUAACAUUAGCUGCACAACACAACCGCAGCAUAUGCAUUUUUACAUAGCGAACGGGCAGAGUUGUUAUCUUGUGAGUUGUAUUAGUUAACAGAUAAUGAGUCAUUAUCUGUAUAUGUAUGAUGCUUAAGCCCUGGGAAUUCGUGUCUUCCAUUUUUGGGUCGCGUCGCCCAGGGUUUCCACUGGGGACAGCGGUUUUGCUAGCUUUUAUCCUAUCGGCGUGGUUCGGGGGCAUCCGAAGCAGCCUGUCGAUCGCUCCAGGCACAUCUUUCCCAGGACUGCAAGUGUAUCGUUUGUUACUCUACGCCUUCAGCCAUGAGGAACUGCCCUCGCUGCUGUAUAGCGCCGCCCUGCUGGUGUCGCUCGGGCGCAUCCAGGAGCAGCGGUGGGGGACAGUGGCUUUUCUGGGCUUAUCUAUCCUGUCAGCUUCUUUGCCGGCGCUACUCUACGCUUCUCUUAUGUGGGUGGCCGGCACACAGAGCAGCCGGAUCUGCGGUUAUUCUGCCGCUCACAUGGCAAUGUUCACGGCGCAGUGUCGCUGUAUGAAGCAGAGACGCCUCCCUCGCUGGGUGUCCGCCUGGUUGCUUCCCUUGAUGCUUUUGCUCAUAAACCUAGCACUGCUGCCCUCCUCACCACUUCUGUUCCAUGUUUGCGCCAUAUUCAUUGGUUUUUUCUACAGCCCAGCUUUGAUCAGAUGGCUGCAGAAAGGGGAGGCGCUUGCAUGCUGGGGCUUCCUGCCAACGUGGGCAUUUGUGACUGCGUUCUCCAGAGAUUGGCUCCCCACCCACAGCACUGAACAGAGGUCUGUGCCGCUCCCCGAAUCCUACCAGCCUACUGGGCAGGCAGAUCAGUGGGUGGGACUUCCAUCCAUACCAUCUGUGCCUGAUUGGCUGGGGGAGAUGGUGGCCACGCCUGCGCUAGAGGCUCAGCUAUUGGAUGAGGAGAUGCUGAGAGUGGGAAUAUUGGCCUCGCUCCAGGACACCCCAGAAAGGCUGGGGGACAAAGUGGAGGUCCCUAAGUCUUCUGUAUCAUCACUGCGGCUACAGCAGCUGGAAAGAAUGGGCUUUCCCACAGAGAAGGCAGUUGUGGCUCUGGCAGCCACGGGGCAGCUAGAUGGCGCCAUUUCCCUGCUGAUCAAUGACAGUGUCGGGGAAGAGGCCGUGGUGACAUCUCAGGGGAGAUGGCCAACCUCACCAUGGAGCAGCUGAGCAGGACCUCAUCCACUUGGGUCAAAAGCACCAGCAUGUGUGUGUGGGGAAUAGUAAAUGAGAAAAAGAUGGAGACAGCACAAGAGCCAUGGAAACUCUGCAGUCUCCAUUAAGCGUUAUUCUCUGAAACAUUCUCUGUGUCAUUGACAAUGCAUGUGGAUACAUGUGUGGAUGUAAUUAUUUUAGCAGAUCUUUAUAAAUGUCAAUAAAAUUGAUUUGUAGAUAUAGGA